AGCCGAUUCCCUAUUUUGUAGGUUCAUUUCCGAAGUUGAGUCAGUCUGUGUUUGCAAUUUGGGAAGGUUACACAAGUUCAGUUCGACAAGAGUGAAGCAAAGAUGCUUUUUGAAAAUGUUGCCGGUAAACUAUAUUCCCCGUACACGGUGCCACCGCCGGUCGCGGUUUUACCACCGUCACUAGUUGGUUCUACAAUGGGCGAAGGAAAUGGAAUCAUCGAGCAUCACGACAUCCACGGUUCCCUGUUGCCCAUCAACGGCAGCCAUUCGGGUUCGUCGGGUCGCAGCACGCCCAAUACUUCCAAUGACCCCGCGCCCGGCAAAUUAUUCGUCGGCGGAUUGAGCUGGCAGACGUCCAGCGAGAAGCUGAAGGAAUAUUUUGGGAUGUUCGGCAACGUCACGGACGUUCUCAUUAUGAAAGAUCCCGUCACUCAGCGGAGCCGUGGAUUUGGUUUCAUCACGUUCUCGGAACCUUCCAGUGUAGAUAAUGUUCUGAAAGUUCCCAUCCAUACAUUAGAUGGAAAGAAGAUAGAUCCCAAACAUGCCACCCCAAAAAACCGACCAAAGCAACCCAACAAAACAAAGAAGAUAUUUGUUGGAGGGGUGAGUCAGGACACAUCUGCUGAAGAAGUGAAAGCUUAUUUCAGUAAUUAUGGUAAAGUGGAAGAAACAGUUAUGCUCAUGGACCAGCAAACCAAAAGACAUCGGGGAUUCGGUUUCGUGACUUUUGAAAACGAGGACAUAGUUGAUCGCGUGUGCGAGAUUCAUUUCCACACAAUAAAAAACAAGAAAGUUGAAUGCAAGAAAGCACAGCCUAAAGAGGCGGUACAAGCCAACGCUCAGUUACUCGGCAAAAGAUUAAUGUUGAGCGGUCUAGGCAUGCGUAUGGCUGCUCCAGCUCCCGGAGCCAUAGCUGUCAAUCCUCUGGCCACAAUGCAAGCCCAGGUUCAUCUACAGGCGGCCGCAUCUGCGACCGCAGCAGCCCAAGCACAGUCAGCUGCUGUGGCUGGUUACGGCAAGCUUUUUGGAGCUUACCCUCACUUGGCCAGCUAUCGUUACUCUCCAUACCCCAUGACCGCCGUUAGUGCCGCUCCCGGGACAGCAGCACCCCCUGCCCAAGCUCCAGGCACAGCCCAAGCUUUGGCACCACCUGUAGCAGCCAGUCCGUAUCAGGGUUAUAACCUCACAAAUGUCGACAUGUCAACGUUCCAAGGCGUCGAUUGGGGCUCCAUGUACGGUGUAGGCAUGUACGUUUGAAUGCAAACUCACUUGCUCACACUGUUGUUUCGUAUUAAUUGUUUUAAGUGUUAAGGGUGCGUGUUGGGUCACCCAUGGGACUUCCAAACGAUACAUUUCCAAUUGUCAAUGGCGGCGUCUCUCGUGCCUGUUCUCAAUGUGUUUUAACAAAUGGCGAUUUUUGUGUACAUAAAUGGAAUCUCAUUGCGAUGUGCUAUGGGCAGUUAUCUGAAGCAUCACACCUUCGCUUGAAUACUCUAUUUGUUUGAUGCCGCCUCUUCUGCUCAUCUAGCAUUUCGGCAAUAACUCGCAAUAAUCAGUAUUACUUGAAAGAAGUGCUGUUCAAAUUUCCGUAUUAUAAUUAUAAUCCUGAUAUUCCUGUUAGAUGGCAAUAAUAAUUGAUAAAUUAUUUAUAACCAAACGAUUUUGAAAGGUUGUGUUGAGUGUACUUAAAUUAUUAUCUCUAGUAAGUACUUAAUUUAUUAUUAUUGUAUUCAUCAAUUGACUGAUAGGACGGUAUUUUUUACGAAUUGAGUUUAUCAGUUAUCAACUACUUAUUGAUAUUAUACUCUGUUAAUUGAUCUCAUUCGUUAUUGGAUUGUAGUGAGUAGGACAAGUGAAACAGGUUAUUUACAAAAUGAAAUUAACGAUGUGUAGAUAUAAAAUAGGAUAGUGAUGUUGACUCAUUUGCUGUUGGAAAUCCAAAUGAGAUUUUCAAGUGUUUCAUCAAAUGUUUAUUUACCAUUUCAUCGAAACAAUAACUGUAAAUAGUUUAUUCGAAUAUGGUAGACGAUGGUUUUUUAUUGAAAGUUACAACUUUCCAUUGCCAAAAUAUUUGGACUAGUUGAUUUAAAAAUGAAAAUAAUAUCAAAAUUAUAAAAAGAUUUAAUUGAAGAGUAAGCUAAUUCGUAAAUAAAACAAAUUAUUGUGACCUGGAAUGAAAAUGAAAUAAUGUUAUGGAUUAUAAAAAAUACGUGUAAUAUCAGUAAUAAACAAAAAAAAAUACAGAAAAUAUUAGAGAAAAAGAAUGGUUUUGAACUAAGCUCUACAAUGUUUCAAUCAUUCAUUGGCUGAUUCUUGCAGGGUAAUUUUGUUAAAAAAGCUACAAAAAUGGUGUAGUCGGCUGCAGCAACAGUAUAAUAAAAUAACCACAGAUCCUAUGUAGCUUGAAUAAUGGCUUAUAACAAGCGAUAUUUUGAAAUAUCACACAUUCUGCAUCACAUGCCCAAUUCAGUUCAAACUACUACAUCAUAAAUCAUUAAUUUUUUCUCGGCGGCGAAUUACAGAAUAAAGGUCCAAACAUUCUGUGCUAUCUCCAAUUUGCCAGUUUCUGCUUGCUGGGUGUUCUU